AUGCAGUCCCUCCAGCUGAGUGACCAACUACAUACACUCUUGCUGACACUCUGUGAAGAUCUGCCACAUAGAAGACUUUCUCCUGAAUCCAUUCUGGAAGCAUGUGAAGCACAUCAGAAGGAAUCUGCUUCCUUACCACCAAAAUUCUGCAUAAAGAAAAUGGUUCAGUUUGCAGUGGGAAGUGUCAGUGAGACAGAGCAGGUGGUCACUGAAGACAGCACAGCCUCCCAGCUGAACAGAAGUCAUGUGAUAAGGAAAAGACUGCAUGAGAAAAUAUCGGACACCUCAGUGCUGUCAUCCCAGAUGAAUUUUCACCAAGACAAAGGGUCCAGAUUAAUGAACUAUAGUCAGUCAACAGAAGAUUACAGACAACUCUCUGUGGAUUAUAGUGACUCUAAUAGUAUUUCGGAAAGUACAUCUUUGAUACUGUCUAACCGAGGACACAGGAGAGGAAGAGCUGCAGAGACACACAGAACAUGUGACACCCCACUCAGUGGGUCAAGGACACAAAGUAGCUACAAGCUCUUCAUAAACAGGUCGGUGAGCGCUGUAGAAGAAAUCCCGGGUGGAACACAGAAGAACAACAGACAGAACCUACUAAGCUUGGGCUCCACCUUCUCUGUGUCUACAAAGGACUACUCAGCAGCUGCUGCAUCACAGAAAUGUUUGUUCCACAGGAAAGAAAAGUUUUCAGGUCCAGAGUUUAUUAUUUUGUCUAGUGAACCACCAGUGACCUUACAGCUGCCUGGAUCAAUUGUGACUAAAAAAGGGAAAUCCUAUUUGUCCCAAAGGGAUCUUAAUGUAAUUCUACUCAAUGGCCAGUGCCUUGAGGUGCAGUGUGACAUCAAGACCAAGGCAAGAGAUGUUUUCAAUACUGUGGUGGCAUAUGCAAACUUGGUGGAACAUUUCUACUUUGGCUUGGCUUACCUGAAAGGUAAAGAAUUCUUCUUUUUGGAUGAGGAGACCAAACUCUACAAAGUUGCCCCAGAUGGCUGGAAUGACCAACCCAAGAAGAAAAUGUCCAUCAUUAAUUUCACACUCUUUCUAAGAAUAAAAUUCUUUGUCAACCACUUUAAUGUUAUUCAGCACGGCUUGACAAGGCAUCAGUUUUACCUGCAGCUUCGUAAAGAUAUUUUGGAGGAGCGAUUAUAUUGCAGUGAUGAGACUGCCCUGAAACUCGGCGCUUUGGCUUUGCAGGCAGAGCUUGGCAAUUAUGCUUCUGAGAUGCAUGGAAAGAGCUAUUUUCGUGUUGAAGACUACGUUCCAGCAAGUCGAAUAGAGAGAAUGACCCUGGCAUAUGUACAGCGAGAGCUUGCUAAAUUACAUCGUAUGAAUCGCUCCCUAUUUGAGGAUGAAGCUGAACUAGAAUUUUUAAAGGUGACUCAGCAACUUCCUGAAUAUGGAGUGUUAUUCUAUCGUGUAUCCCAAGAGAAGAAAGGGACAGAAGGGGACAUCAUCCUUGGAAUCUGUGCCAAAGGCAUCAUCGUCUAUGAGAACAAAAAUCACACAAGAAUUGCCAGUUUAAGAUUCCAGUGGCGUGAAACAGAGAGAAUUUCAGCUCAUAGAAAAAAAUUCAUGAUUGAAAGCAGUUUCAGUGGCAAGAAACACACCUUCAUUACUGAUACAGCAAAGACAUGUAAAUACCUACUGGACCUCUGCUCUGCCCAGCACAAAUUCAAUGCACAGAUGAAUUCUAGGCAACUUCGGCAAACUUCAUCAGAGGACAGUAAAUUUCUGGAAAUAGACAAAUCAAAUUCUGCAUAUGCAGCUCAGCAUGAACACCUUGCCCUUAUUCAGAGACUGUCUCGCUCAGAGAAUGUGCUCUAUGGAGCAAACCUGGAAAACCUUUCUGCUGGGAUGAUGAGCAAAUCUUGUGAUAACCUCAGUGUGGAAACCAACAAUAGGACUAGAGACAAAAGCAAUCUUGGCAGAUCUGUAUCAGGGCUAUCCCAGUCAGAAAUGCACAUCAAUUUGAAUGGAAAGCAAAGGAGUUAUGACUUCCUCUCAAUCCAUUCAACUCAGAACACAAUCAGUGCACCUGGAUCACCAGCCAUGCAAAAGGAAGUUUUGCUAAGUGGUCUAGAAAGAGAAAUCAUUUGUGUCAGCCUAAAACGUGACCCUAAGAAUGGAUUUGGUUUUGUAAUUAUUGGAGGAGAAAAUGUAGGAAAAUUAGACCUUGGUAUCUUUAUCGCUUCAAUUAUCCCUGGGGGACCUGCAGACAGAGCUGGAAAUAUCAAACCAGGAGGACGACUCAUCUCUGUGAAUAAUAUCAGUCUUGAGGGUGUUUCAUUUAAUACUGCAGUUAAAAUCAUACAGAAUUCUCCUGAUGAAGUGCAGCUCAUCAUCUCUCAACCCAAAGACGUGUAUGAAGAAGGAUUAAAUGAAGACAAGAAUCUAUCAAGAGGAAACAGCACUAGUGGAUCUGAGAUCUCCUGUGUAGACAGUGGGAGAAAAAAGAUUCAGGAUUGUCAUACAGCUCUCCUCAAAGAACAGGACACAAAUAUAGAUGAACUUGAGAAGACUCUCUCUUGGAAUUUAGCAUCAAAAUCGGGCCCUAGGAUUCCAGUUCCUUCAGCUGAUAGCCUGGAUGUAGAGGCAGCUGAUUCUUCCCACUUAGCAUCUUCAUCAGAAACCAACUCAAAGGAAAUCUACACAGUGGAACUUGUUAAAGAAGAUGGGACUUUUGGAAUCAGCGUGACUGGUGGAAUUAACACCAGUGUGCGUCAUGGUGGGAUAUAUGUGAAGUCAAUUAUUCCCAGGGGACCAGCAGAUAAGGACGGACAAAUAAAGAUAGGUGAUCGUCUGCUGGAAGUAGAUGGCAUCAGCCUCUGUGGCAUCACCCACAAACAAGCUGUGGAACACCUUAAGAAAUCUGGCCAGAUUGCCAAACUGGUUCUAGAAAGGGGAAACUACCAACUGGCAGAGUCAUGUUUGACUGCUAAAGACAGAAAGGAGGACCAAUGUGCAGUUGUUUCUGUGGCAACAUCCCUCACAGAUGGUACCAAGGACUGCUGCUUUUUGACAGAUGAUAACACAUUUGAAGUGAAAUUAACCAAGAACUCUGGAGGCCUUGGAUUUAGUGUUCUGCAGAUGGAAGGAGAUGCUUGCGAACACCUUGGAGGAGCUAUUGUCAGGAUCAAAAGACUGUUUCCAGGGCAGCCAGCUGAGGAGAAUGGAGAAAUUGAAGUUGGAGAUGUCAUUUUAAAUGUGAAUGGGAAACCUCUCAAAGGGCUCCUGUAUCAGGAUGUCCUGCAUUUGCUAAGAGGAGCUCCUCGAGAAGUUACACUGCUACUUUGCAGACCACCAAAAGGUGUUCUUCCAGAAAUAGAGCAGAUUGCUUUGACUCCAGCACCAUCUCCAAUUAAGGACUUUGUGGCAGAAAUGCCAGGCAACAGAGAGGCAGGAAACACUAUGGAUCAAUCCACCAGUGACGAAGGUAGCACCUCUCCAGACCUCGAAGAUUGCCUCGAUUCUCCAGUGGGAGAAGAUUUCAGUGAGCCUCCUGAGGAUGACAGCUCAGCUUACGAUGAGCAGGAAGCUGAGUUUCAAGAGAAACCCAUACAGAAACUCCCAACUUCCAGAGAGAGUUUCUAUAAGCAUCUUUGGAAGAUUCAUCAAGAAGCUUCCAGUUCUGAAGUCUUCCAUUCUCUAGAGGAGGAAGUGAAGCAGAACUGCUACUCACCAUGUGAAUUUGGACAGGUCAAAAGCCACGUAUUUAAUAAGAGUCAUGAUGACCAAUCGAACACAAAAUGUAUGCCUGAAACUCUCUCUCUAACCCCUAUUGAUGAAGAGUAUCUCACUGUCAGCUCAAUGCCUGUGACCCCACUUCCACGAGGAGGAAGCUCUGAGACAGUCUCUGCAACCACUGCGACCCCACAGCCACGUGUUUGUGGUCCCUCAUCAUCAUCAUCCCUGCCUGACAGAGAGACACAUGACAGUGACAAUGAAUGGGAAGACUUGGAGGAACCAGAGGAAGAGAAGGAAGAAAAUGAAGAUUGCACUCAGGAAAUGGAGAUCUUUGUGACUUUGACAAAGUCAGAGAACAACGGUUAUGGAUUCUCUGUAGUUCUUAACAAAAUGGACACCUGCCUGUACGUUGAUGAAAUCUUGAAUGAUCCUGCCCUUUCUGAUGGAAGAUUGAGAAGGGGAGACAGAAUCAUUAUGGUGAAUGGAACUGAUGUCACAUCUUUACCAUGCAAUGAAGUCCUGACUUUACUGCAAAGUUCUUCUCCAGAUCUGCACCUUGUGGUUGGUCGUGCUGACAGUGACCCACGUCCCCCAGUUAGGCCAGAUGAGAUUCCUGAAAUUACUCUCACAAAAGGUGCUGAUGGACAGCUAGGCUUGAAGCUGACAGGAGGAGCUGGAAGCAAGUUACAAGGUAUUUAUGUGCUAGAGAUAGUGCCUGGCUCUCCUGCCAGUGUGGAAGGCAGUUUGCAGCCACGAGAUCAGAUUGUUUACAUCUGUGGACUGUGCACUGAGGGCAUUAGCCUGGAUGAUGCAGUGAGAGUGUGUGAAGCUGCCACCCAGAAUGUUCAAAUCAAAGCCACCAGAAAUGGCAAUCCAGUGGUUCCUAUAGAACAGGAAAAUAGGCCACCAGCUGAAACAGAGAAAGCCAAUAUUUCUUUGUCAGAUGAAAACCUGAACUCUCAGGAACAGCAUCUGCUUCAUCAACAUGAGAAACAUUUGGAGGAAACAAACUGUGAUGCUCAGCAGAACACUCCCGAUUCUCCAGAAUGUAAAGACUUCAUUAUUAAGAUUGAGCUGGAAAAGGCAGAAAAUGGAAGCCUAGGAUUUGCACUGGUAGGUGGAAAAAAUGGCAGGGCUAUCCUAAUAAAAGCCAUCAGCCCAGAGAGCAGUGCAGAUCUAGAUGGGAGACUUCAAGUUGGUGACAUCUUACUUAAGGUGAAUGAGACUUUUGUGUCUGGUCUGCCACGCCAAACAGUUACAGAUUUGCUGCGCAAGGCUCAAGGCACUGUUCAACUCACUGUCUGCCGAAGCGUGGCUUUGCACUGGGCUUAUUCAGGCAACCAGAGCAACAGAGCUUCCACUCCAAACACAAAAGCAGAGCCUGUGAGUGGUGGGGAAAGCCUGCAAGCUCAGCCUAUUUUCACUUUCAAGGAAGAAGGCUCCAACCAAAUGUGCAACAAGGAUGAACAAAGAACAGACAAAUCUCUCCAAGGUCAGGUGGCUGGACGAGACUAUAAGGAUAUCAUUAGUAACAUUUCAGAAAGGUCACAGAAAUGUGCAGAAUGUGAAAGCUGCAGAAGAGAAAAUCAGCAGUCUGAGUCAGGAAGCUGGAACAAUGAAGAUGAUGUUAUUCCCCACAGGAUUCCUGUUCUACCUAGAAGUAAUCAUACAAAACUUCUCUUGUUUCUUCAACAGCAUAGCCCAGCACCUCCAUAUAUGUACAUUGAGAACAACACUAGUCCCUUGUAUACAAGCUAAAGAUUUUCUCUUUCAGUCUAAAAGACCAGGGCACUCAAGACACAGUUUUUACCACAAAUGCAUAUAUAGGCCAUCCAAACUCCUGUAACUCUAAAAGGAGACAUACAUCAUGAGGUCUCUCCUCUCUCCCUUACUGUUCCUAUACAACUGCGCAAAAAAAGUAAAUUACACAUUUAAAAAUGCAGAAUGAAAGGUCAAAUUCUCUCUCAAGACUUUGUUCCCAAAAUCAUUGAAUUUCACCCCCAUGGCAAUUCCAUUAAAAACUCUAGAACUGUGCUUAAGCAUGUACUGAAGCACUUCCACAGCUCAGGUGCCAAAGCCCCUAUGACACAAGAAGUGUUUACAGAAAGAAUCUGCCUAAUUAUUCCUUUAUGAAAAUAAAGCUCCUUCUGCUCCAAAUGAGAAUAAUUUGUGAAAGGAAUCAUACUGAGGAUGCUGCAGUAUCUCACAGACUCUGUGAAAUACAGAUUGCUCUCUCUCCUUUCUUCUUAUCACCUGGUAAAAGCGACGAGUUGCUGAUGGCUCUUAUUAGAGGUAAAACACAGAUAAUUCCCUCACACUACCAAGCCUUCCUGGCCAGCAAACAGAAAAUUAUAGCCAGUCUAUCAUCUACUACCUGCUCAGAGUUUGGGGAUUUUUAAUUCCCCUUGAUCUGGAAGGAGAAGUGUACGGGAAAUAGUGUGCUGUCUGGAGUGGGGAUCUGUCUUCAUUGGCACUCUCAACUACACAAUAGGAGCCUCUUCAAGGGUUAGAGAAUGAAAUGCAGAAGACAGCUCAGGCUUUAGAAGCUCAGGCAAGGCAGGGGCAAGUCAUUGCCCAGACAAAAGCACAGCAAGCACAACUCUACUGUAACAGAAAU